UCGUCUCGCGUCGAAGCCUCGAACAAACCUUCUUGUUCUCUCUCUGCGACCGCUUUCCAAUGGGUCACGGCGCGUCGAAGCAGGAGCUGGGGAUGGAGAUGCGGCCGGGGAUGAAGCUGGUCCAGCUGAAGAUCGAGCAGGUGAAGCGGCGAGUGCGGAUGAGGAAGUCGAGCAUCGUCUCCACGGCGGAGCUCCUCGGCCCGGAGGAACGCGAGGGGACGGUCGACGACGACUCCGCCCACGGAGCCGUGGCGAUGGCGCCGAAGGAGGAGAAGGAGGGCACCAGAUCGCCUGAGACCAUCGCCGUCGCCGUCGCCAUCGCAGUCGCCGUCGCCGUAGCCGUCGCCGACGCCGGCGCAGAGGAGAAGGUGAAGGUGAAGGAACAGAAAAAGAUAGAUGAGGAGGACAAUGUGGCGACGGAGGCGGCAGAGGAGGAGGAGGAGGAGAAGAGAGAUUUAGGGUUCAGGGGGGCGGACAAGGACGAGGACGAGGACGAGGACGAGAAGGGAAGAGAGUUGGGGUGUUUGACGGCGUACGCGGACCUGCCGGAAUCGCCGAGUUUUAGGUUUUAUUGCAGGGAUUUGGCGCGCGACUCGGAGGACGACGACUCCGUUAAACUUGGUGGCGGCACAAGGAAAGAUCAACUCUCAAAAAUCAAGGAGAAGAAGGAGAAGAAAGUGGUUCAUGAAAGUGACGAUGACACUAACUCUGAGAAUUUGGAGGUCAAACCACUGAAGAAGGAAAAAGGAAGGAAAUUGAAAGCUUUAACGAAGGCGCCUAGCCGUAUGUAUAGCUGGCUCAACGUCCGAAAUUGCUACAACAACCAUUCUUCGACCAUCGGCUAGGAUAGCACCAGCCUUCUAGGCUGCUUUGUAAAUUGAUCAUAUACAACAGUUCCUUCUUUAGUUUCAAACACAUCUAUACUUACAUUAAAUAUGGGUGUAUAUUUCUACUUAUUUACACAUGUAUUUGUACUACUAAUUGUCACAGUUGCUGCAAAAAUGUUCUUGGAAACAGGAUCGGUGGCUUGAUCUAACUUCUAUCAGUUCAUAUGGGCAAGUUGUUCAAGUAAAUUUCUUUCUUUU